AUGGCUCAUUUCGUAGUUGCAACGUUAGCAUGUCUUGCUACGAGUACGUACGCGCUGUCCUCGGCGAGAAAAGGGUGUGCGGUGACGACAGAAUGGACGGGUUGGAAGGAUAUCAAACAUGCUUUCAUCUUCGGGGAUAGCUACACGCAGACAGGAUUCAACUAUACGCAAACCCCUCCUUCACCAUCUAAUCCAUUUGGGAACCCUCAAUAUCCGGGAUGGACGUCGUCGAAUGGGCCUAACUGGGUUGGAUAUCUAACCGUAAAGUAUAAUGCGUCACUCUUACAAACUUACAAUCUAGCUUAUGGAGGUGCGACUGUCGACUCAGAUCUUGUUGAGCCUUAUAUGCCUACCGUCUUAUCUGUUAAGCAACAGGUACAAGAAGAGUUUAUCCCGGGAUACACGGGUACUUCUUCUAAAGCUCCCUCUGCACCUAAAUGGACGGGUGCCGAUUCCAUCUUUGCCUUCUGGAUUGGUAUCAACGAUGUUGGGAACUCGUAUGGAGCUGGACCAGAAUCCUCGGGUCCUUUAUACACUAAGAUCUUCGAUGUUUACUCAGGCUUAGUUGAUCAGCUCUAUAACAGCGGCGCCAGGAAUUUCGUCUUCAUCAACGUCCCGCCUGUGGACCGCAGUCCAUUAACUGUUGGUCAGGGUAAACAAUCUGUGGAAACGGAGAAAGAAGCGAUUGCGGAUUGGAAUAAACGCGUAGCAGAUACAGCCGCUUCAUUAAAGAGCAACCAUACAGACGAAGUCAACGUUUGGGUUUACGACUCAAACAAGAGCUUUGCAGAGGUUUUGGAUAAGCCAAGCACAUACGCACAAACUGCUGGCCUUAAGAAUACCACCGGUUAUUGCAACGCCUAUCAGAAUGGCACGCCCGAUGAUGACACGUUUACCCCCAGCUGUGGAGUUGCCGUAAACGAAUAUUUCUGGCUCAAUAACUUGCAUCCAACGUAUCCCAUCCAUGAUGUAGUUGCUAAGCAGGUUGCGGAGGCUCUAUCGGUAGGGCCGAGUGAGGUCAAAGAAGCUCAGCUGCCUACUUUAAGUAUCUUAAACUUAGACCAAGAAUGGCAUUGGUAA